CCAAGUUUGCACAUCCCUUCGGAAACGCCAUUUUGAUUCCUCUCCUCUUCGGAGCAAGUUUGCAGCCUCUCUCUCCCUUCAUUUUUUUCUUCAUCCCCUUCAUCAUCCACCAUCCCCGCCGUUCAUCAUCCUCAUCAUCGCCCCCCACCACCACCAUCAUCAUCAUCCUCGCCACGAUGUCUCGGCGCAAGCAGCCCAACCCCAACAAAGUCAAGCUGUGAGCAGUGGUUGCAGACACACACACAACAAAUCCCGCCCCCUCCCGCCCCGCCCCCCCGAGACUCGAGCGAACGAUCGAGUGAGCGUUGCUUUACAAAAAGGACGGCAGUCAUGGAAAACUCCACAGAGGAGCUCCAAGAAGAGGGAGGAGCCAACAUGGAGAUAACUGAGGAGGCGGAGCUAAAAGAGGAGACAACGCACAAGACCCUCAAAGGAGCAAUCAACGGCGUGUCGGAGGGAGCAGCUGGUGGAGGAGAGAAGCUGCAGAACGGAGACCGAGGUGGAGGCGGCGAAGACCUCUCCUCCAUCAACGCCAUGAUGUCAGCGGUGAUGGCAGCAGCAGGGACCAUAAAUGGUGGCGGAGGAGAUGGAGCGGGUGGAGUCCCUUCAGCCAACUCCUCCGCUGGUCCAUCUCCCAGCCCUUCACCCAGCAAGUCUCUCACAGCCGCCAUGAGAGCCCCACCCAGCCGCAAUGCACGACGCAACCAGGACACCAAAGACGACAGCUCGACUCAUAUCUGUCCGCUUUGUGACAAGAGCUGCCAAACACAACACCAGCUGACCAUGCACAUCCGACAGCACAACGCAGACACCGGUGCCACCGAUCACUCCUGCAGCAUCUGUGGGAAGUGCCUGAGCUCGGCCUCGUCGCUCGACAGACACAUGCUGGUCCACAGCGGGGAGAGGCCCUACAAAUGCAACAUCUGUGGGCAGACCUUCACCACAAACGGCAACAUGCACAGACACAUGAAGAUCCACGAGAAGGACCCGACCACCGGCAUACUUCCUGUCAGCAGCCCCCCCUCCCCCAACAAACGCCGCCGUCCGUCCGUCAAGAGGAGGCCGGGCCCAGAGGAGGAGAACGGAGAGGAGCCGCCCAACAAGAAGGUGACGGAGGACGCGGCGGCUGAGGACGCCAUGGCGAUCCAGGGGUUGGCGGAGGAGCUGCUGCCAUGUCCCAUCUGCUUCAAGACCUGCAGCUCCAGACUGGAUCUGGACGCUCACAUGGACGCGCACCCCGACACGGCUCUGAGGUGUGAUUUCUGCUGCCUGUCUUUCCGAACCCACCGCGGACUGUUGCGCCACAAUGCAGGGGUCCAUAAGCUCCUCCCCCAGGACCCUAACGGCCGUCCCUUCAUCCAGAACAACCCCUCCAUCCCCACCGGCUUCAACGACCUGGCCUUCAUCGACUUCUCCUGCAAGAAGUUUGCUCACAUCGCGCAGGUUUGGUGUGAAACAAACCUCCGUCGCUGCAUCAGUAAGUUCCACCGGUUCGUCUGCGACUGCUGCGACAAGGCCUUCCCCCUUCGCUCUGCCCUGGACCUCCAUAAGACCACCUCCCACCUCGACAAGCCCACUGCCGCUGACUCUGAGGAAGCUGAGGAGAAGACGGAAGAGGACGGAGGUGGAUCUGAGAACAGCACUGCAGAGUACCAGGAUGCUGAAACAGAAGUCCUGCCCUCAGAACAGGCCAGCUUCCUGGAAACGCUCGGCCUCCAGCAUGUUUCUACGGUGAAGUAUGGUCCCACCGACGACGAGAUCCAUCAAGCCCACCUGGACAGCAUAAAGGUGAUCCACGUGGAGCCUCCAUCCUCCAGCCUUCCCCAGGAGCCAGCAGCGGCAUACCUGUCCGGAGGUCUGGGGCUGACGCUGGGGCUGGGCAUGGGUGGGCUGGCGGCCCUGAGCAUCCCGCUGCUGGAGGCUUCGGGCUCCACCCUGCAGGGCCUCUCCCAGAGGGACGCCCUCAGCCUUCUCUCCCUGCAGCCGUUCCAGACCGGCUUCCUGCUGCAGCCUGAUGGGGGCGCUGCCACUGGCAGCGCCGCCGCCUCCGGGGUCAAACCCGGAGAAGCCGGCGGCACCGGGAUCAUGGAGCUGGCCGACAUCCAGCAGAUCCUCAAAGUGGCCACUGCAGCACACAAUCAGAUGGGACUCCCCCCUCUAGCCAAAGCUCCUGGAUUUACUGGAACCCAAGGUCAGGUCCAGGGUCAGAAGGCGAUGCCGCCGCUGAAGCCCAAACCUCCAAUCAGUCCUCGCUCCAGCCUCACAGCAACCACUCCUCCACCGCUCCAGAGCUCCCAGCAGGCCUCACUCGGCUGCAUCAGCCCCAGCCUCCCACCUCCAACGCCCACCCUCUUCAAAACACCGUCCUCCUCCUCGGCUGGGAGCGGAGGCCAGAUGGACGCAGAGUGCAUGGACGAUGCUCACACGCCGCUGUCUGAUUCGCCGCCUGCUGCCACCACAGCUGUCCACGAGGAGGCGGGGCUAAGCGGCAGGAAGCUGGGAGCCAAAGCGGGCAACAACGCCGGCUCUGCGAAAGGUUCGUUCCCCUGCCGCUUCUGCGACCAGGUGUUUGCCUUCUCCGGCGUCCUGCAGGCUCACAUGCGCUUCCACCUCGGCAUCCUUCCUCACCAGUGCAACAUCUGCGACUACGUGGCUCCGGAUAAAGCCACGCUGAUCCGUCACCUGCGCACACACAGCGGCGAGCGUCCGUAUGUCUGCCGCGUCUGCCAUUACCCCUUCACUGUCAAAGCCAACUGCGAGCGGCACCUCAGGAAGAAGCACGCCAAGACCUCGAGGAAAGACAUCGAAAAAAACAUUAAGUACGUCACCUCCACCACCACUGCGAGCCUCACUUCGCCGAUCACUGCCACCACCACCCAGGACACGGCGAUGGGCUGCGCCGGGACCGAGACCACCUGCCAGUUCUGUGGCGAGGACCUGAAGACCUACCGGGCGCUGCAGAUCCACCUGCGCACGCACAACGGCUGCCAGAGGAAGCCGUUCGAGUGCAAACGCUGCGGCGCCGCCUUCCUGGCCAAACGUAACUGCAUCCACCACCUGUUGAAGCAACAUCCAGAGGUCCAGGAGAGAGAGAUCGAGGAGCACAUUGCCACACUCCAGCCCGCCGCCACCCUUGUCGCUGCCCGCUCUGCCCCCGUCAACCCGAUGGCGCUGAACGGGAUCAGUCAGCCUCCGAUCCAGGUGCUCCAGGCCGUGAAGGUGGAGGACCUGCCUAACGUGGUCUAUCCUGUAGAACUGGACCAGCCACUGGACUUCUCGUCUAAAGGACGGGGAGCCGGCAGCCAGGCGGGGUCUCCUGGAGUCAAGCUGGAGAGCGCCUCCCUGAGCUUCGACUGCUCGGUCCUGGACCAGCCCAUCGACCUGUCCAUCCCCAGCAAGCGGCAGCGCAAGGAGCCGGCGAGCAGCGGCGAGAAGAAGGAGAUCAAGACGGAGCCGAGCGGCAGCAGCAUCGUGGAGCAGCAGCUCGCUCUGGAGAAAACUGCGAGCUCCCUGCCGCCUCUGCACCCUCAUCCCCAGCUGGGCUGCUACCAGCUGCCCCCUGGAUCCACUCCUCCCUCUGCCUCUCUCCCCAGCUCGGCUCGAGCCCAGCGCCUCAAACCCCUCCUGCCCAAACCUGCCACCUCCUCCCCACCCUCUGCCACCCUGAAGGAGCUGCCUCCUCUGGCCUCCAUCGCUCAGAUCAUCAGCUCCGUCUCUUCAGCUCAAGACCUGCUGAAGAGGGAGGCCACCUCCAUGGAGAGCAAACCCCCACCGGGCGUCACGUCUUCUCAGGCAGAUUUGGUAGCGGACACUCCUGGACCCUCCACAGUCCUGGAACCACAGAGCGAGGACUUGUCUGAAGGAUCCUCCAGAAAGAGGUCCAGGAAGAAGCUGGCAGCUCUGGCAAUGAAAGAGAAGGUAGUGAGCAGCGGCGGCAUCGACCUCGAGUCCAGCGGGGAAUUUGCGAGUGUGGAGAAGAUGUUGGCCACGACUGAUGCCAACAAGUUCAGCACCUACCUGCAGACUGGAGCUGCUGACCUGGCGGGAAAGAGAGAUGUAAACCGAGCAGCAGCAGCAGGAGGAGAAGUGGAGGGAAAGGAGGGAGGAGAGAAGGAGGACGGGAAACCGGCGGCUCAGGUGGCAGCGUUGACGGUGCCUCAGCCGAAAGGGAAGAAAAACGCCUACUCCAACUCUGUCCAGAAGAUGACCUGCCCUUUCUGCCCCCGAGUGUUCCCCUGGGCGAGCUCGCUGCAACGACACAUGCUGACACACACCGGUCAGAAACCGUUCCCCUGUCCACGGUGCGAUGCCUUCUUCUCCACCAAGUCCAACUGUGAGCGGCACCUGCUGCGAAAACAUGGCGUCACCCACAGGACGCUGCGGCGCAACGGCGCCAUCAUGAAGAAAGAAGGCGACGAAGGCGUCCACGAGAGUGCAGAAAGCCAGUCGGAGACGGAGCAGGUAGCACCAGAAACACCCGACCUCAGCAGUGCCACAGACUCAGGCUCCGCCCAGUCUGUGGAUAACCCCGCCCCCAAUGACAACACACAAACAAGCCCCGCCCAAAAAGAAAGCCAAGGUUUCAGUCCCGCUGCUGCAGCUGCAGAGCAGCCGGACUCAGAAACCGGAGAGCAGCCUGACCAACAGGAGGCGCCGGAGGCCAGAGCAGCGCCUGGGAAACAGCCUCCACAGAGCGGCAAGGUGGAGAGCACAGACGACGAUGACUGUCAAAGCAACAAGAGUCUGGACCUGAACUUUGGCAAGAAGCUCAUCGACUUUAAGCUCUCCACGUCUUCCUCAACCUCUGCUCCUCAGGAAGAACAACCCCUCCCCUCCUCCUCCUCUUUGUCUGCACCCUCUACCUCCACUCCCCAAGAAGCUACAGAGAGCCCAGAGGAGAAGAAAACGGCCGCCGUCUCUUCCUCAACCAGCCCUUUAGCAAAGCAUCAGCCAGAGUACAAACAUGCCUGCAGAGUGUGUAAGAAGAGUUUCCGCCAUGCAAUGACGCUCACUCGCCACGAGAGGGCGCACCUCUCCAAGGAAACGCCAACUUCAACAGAGGAGGCUUCACUGAUGAAGGAGGAGGAAGCAAUGGAGAGCAAAGCUGCUGAGGAGGAGAAAGAUAAGGAGAUGGAGCUGGAGGAAGGAGGAGUUAAGGGUGGGGAGAGUGAAGGAGGAGAAACCGGUGAGUCGGAGGAGGAGGAGAAGGAAAAGGAGGAGAGAAGCGAUGAAGAGGCGUCAGAACCAAAGAGUGUGGAGGGAGGAGAGACGGCUGGAGGGAGAGUGGAUAAGAGGAAGAAGAUCUGCAACGUGUGCGGGAAAAGAUUCUGGUCUCUGCAGGACCUGACAAGACACAUGAGGUCGCACACAGGUGAGCGUCCCUACCAGUGCCAGACCUGCGAGAGGACCUUCACCCUGAAGCACAGCCUGGUCCGGCACCAAAGGAUCCACCUCAAGCCCCGUGGAGCUGACGGGUUGUCCGCUGUGAACGACGACGCCAGCGAGGACGGGGACUCCUGCACCCCCACCCCGACGUCCACCUGCCCACCCUCAGAGAAUGAAAGCGAGUGUGGGAGCGCCACCGCCGGGUUGAAGGAGCUGGAGGAAGAGGAUGUGAAAGAGGAGGGCGAGGGUCAGCGAGAGGAUUCAGCCACGAUGGUGGAGGAAAAUGCUGCAAAACAGUCUGAUUCAGAUCCACCAGCAGCCUCGGAAGACAUUAAGGAAAAACCUGAACUUUCCGGAGGCUCUGCAGAUUUGCAGCCUUCCCCUGACUUGACUCAUCAAGCUACUGAAUCAAAGACAACUACAAGUACCGACUCACAAGCGGAGCCCAACUCCUCUCCCUCGUCCUCCAGCACUGUGCCGGGAGAAGCUCCCCCUUCAGAAGGCUUCAUCCAGGGGCUGCUGGAGAUCCACACCAAGCCCCCUCUUGAGCACAUCAUACCCAAUGGAGAGCCUCCUCUGGUCGGGGUAGACUGAAGGGAAACUGAAGCAACAUGACCGCAGUGCCAUAUGAUGGGAAGAUGCUACACCAUUGAUGACGAUGCAAAGACCAGCCCGAAAAACUCGUUGACAGAAAGACGAAAACCUCGUUUUCUUGAAGUGCCUUACUACUAGUCCUACUUUAAAAGAUGUUUUUUGGCUAUAUCUUUAUCUGCAUUAUUACGGAGGAUGGAUAUUUUUAUAGCUUUUUAUGAUGACAAUGAUUUACUUUUUUGUGCGGGGAAUCUAUAUUUCAGCAAUAAAAAGAAUAAACAGUUAUGAUUUAUUAUUGUUCUAGAUUUUGUUUGAGAAUUGAUAAACUUAAGCGAUGCUGAAAGACAAACGGAAACAGACUGUUGGCAUCCACAUUUAUUCUGUAUUUAAAUCACAGCUGGACCACGCCACACAAGAGAACAACGUUAAGAUUUGAAGCUUCAAAUUUACAAGCAAACAAGUUGAUGUGGCGAACAUUUUUUUCUCUGGUCCAGCAGCUGCCUUUAUAAUAGUCAUUAUACACCAGCUGCUCCUUUGGUUUGAACAUCAGUUUUUGGAUAGAUGCGAACACGUACGCGGCGGCUGUUCGGCUGCCAAAGUGGCUGGUCAAGCCUGCUUUCACCAGCAAGUAAAAUGGCUUUUGUUAGUACCUGCUGGUGGCUGCUUCUCACUGUGUGACUGAGGAAAAUUUUUGUAACUGGAAAGUGCAGAAAGGUCGGCUAUUCGUCCUUCUGGCAUGCCUUUACAUCAUCCCCGUCUCUCCGCUGGCUCAAUAAACACAAAAAACAUUUAAGAACUUGUCAAAUUCGCACUUGUGUGGAAAAAGAAAAAACUCUUGAAAGGGCAGAAAACGGUGUUUUUGUUUUCUAUUUGUUUUUAUUUGUGUUUUAAAUCCAUCACACUAUUGAUCUUUUCUAUCCUUAGAAGCCACCCUGUGUGUUGAUUUGUCAUUAUCAUUCUAAGUUGAUUCCAUGUGUGUACAGGAAGUUGACAUGUGGCACCUGAUGUUAGAGUAUUUGGUUUUUCUGCAUGUGUGCGAUUAUCCGUGAUAUUUAGGUGUGGGGAGGGGAAAACUUGUGUUUUGUGGAUUUUUUUUUUUAAAUGAACAAAUCAGUUUUCAGUUGUGUAUGUGUGAGUGACUUUUGCCUGUUUCAUCGUUGCCCCCUAGUGUACUUUUAGGGUUAAUUACAGGGCUUCCAGCGUGCUAACAUAUUGCCGCUAAAACUUGUCCAGGGUUCAGUUUACCUCAACUUCUGCUUUUUUUAACUGCAACCAUUAAACAUCAUGAACAGCUCUGUAUGCAACCCUGAAAAUCCUUGUCUUCCUUAUCACAGCCAGCAGGGUUAAAGCUUUGUAAGCCUGGUUUCUACUUUGGGCCAAAUAAGAGCUAGAUUGGGCUAACUCAUUAGUUUGGCUUCAGAGGAAGCUUAAAUGGUAGCAUUAGCAGGGUAGCCUAGUAGCUACCCUGCUAAUGCAGCUUCAAACAAAGCUAACCAAGGCUAACACGGUAAAAUUGUUGCUGGCUUGCCUUGGGAGAUGGCAGCUAAAGAUGGACAACUCAGCUGUAUCAAAUAUUUAGCGCUAAGUCAUUCCCUCACACCAGAAAAAGCUUCUUUUUCUACUUAGCUUACCCUUUAGCUAAGAAACGGGAUGACACUGUCUAAUUUUGUUUAGUAGCCCAUGGGGAGUUAACUGAUAUCGUCUAAGUUACAUCCAUGUUCAUUUCUGUGGUGUGGUUAGUUAGCCCCAAUCAGCUCUAAUCAUUAGCCUUUGGUCUGUAAGAUCAUACAAGCUAGGCACAACUGACCAGAAAAGACAACUAAAUGCUAGCUUAUUUGGAAGCUCAUCUAGCUAGUGGCUUGUCUUGCUAUUGUGCUAGCAAUUAACUUAAAUUGGCCCUGAACUACUUUAGUACUGGUUGUCCAUAUUUAGCCCAGUUUGCUAUCUUUUAAAAGUCUUUUUGGUGAUUUUUUUUUUUUUGUCCAAUUAUACAUACAGAACAUCUUAAAACAUUUAACUACUAUUCUGUGUACAUCCUUUUUCAUUAAGUAACAUUAUCUGAAUGGUCAAACACAACCUGAAGUAUUCUGGUUGUAAGUUUAGCAUUAGAGACAAUCAAGUGUAAUUUUCUGAUAGAAAAUGGAGAAAAAGAAGUGGACGUCAGCUGUAUCUCUGAAUAGCUUUUCCAGGGGAGGAGAUAGAUGACAGAAUGAGGAAUAGAUGAAUAGAUGGUUGGAGCGAGAAAAACACUAUUUUUGUGUUCCUGAACUGUAUUUCCCUGCUGCACAUGGUGAACAGCACAAAUAAAAGGGCUAAUAUACCCGUGGCACUACCCUAACUGGAUGCAUUGAAAACAGGAAAGGUUGUCUUGGGGGUUAUUAGUUCUGAUAUGAUGACCAGAUGGAGUGUGUGUGUGUGUGUGUGUGUUGUUUUGUAGCUGAUUGAGUAUAGAUCUUUCCUUCUUGUACCUUUUUAUUUUUUUUAUUUUUAAUGUUAACCUCAUAAGCAAAUCGAACCUCAGUGGCUCAUAACGGAACUGUAAGGCAGCAUCGUUUCAGAUUAUAAAAGCAAGAAAUAUUGAACAACUGCUCUAGCUAACUGCGCGCUGCUGUGAACUGGCACUAACACCUUCCAUACCUACCAGUACUGCUGUGUGUACUACUACCACCUAACACAAUCAAGAGAGAGUUUCCUAAUUUGUCUUAAUAUUUGUACCGCGCAUUAAGAUAUCUAUAUCAGAAUAUUUCAGUUCUGAGGAACAUCUCUGUAAGUCCACAGUAUGAGUAUGAUGGAGGUUUAAAACAAGGCCUUGGGCAUUAGCCCCAGAAUAUAGCCGGAAAGUUUGCUGAAAGUUUAAGUACGUAGUGGAUUCAGCCAGUCAUCCAUAAAGUCAACGGUGUCCAAACAUUUAGCUGCUUUUGCUUUUUGUUAGCUAUAGCACAGCGGCAUACAACUGGAAGUUUAAGGAGAUACUAAGAACUAAAUUUAUUCAUUUUGAAGAAAAAAAAAGUUUUCUUCAAAAUGAAUAAUUAUUUAAUGAGCUGAAUAAAUGAAUAUGAGAUAUUUAACUACUUAAUGAAAAAUUUGAAUAGUGACUUUUCACAGCAGUAGCUGGUUGAUUAUUAGCUUCCAAACUAACUAGCUGCUACUAGCGCUCUGGUGAAUUAGCUUGCAGCUAUUUGUUAGCAUCCCCCCCGUGAUAAUAAACACAAGGUUUUGUGCCUCUGAUUUCACUUACAUGAUUGUUUUAAACUUAAAUUGUUAUAGUUAUUGUCUCGCCAUUGUGAAGAAGCUAAGAACAAAUGGCUUUAAAAAAAAUGAAGAUGCUACACAGCUAACAUGCUAGUCUCUGGUUUUUCAUUUUCACCUUGUGCUUAAAGCAAACUGUUUGGCCAGCAGCUGAAAUUUGCAUUUGAUUUUGUCUAAGUUGACAGAAUAAGUUAAUUAUGGUAUAAUUUCUAAUAAUACCACAAAUUAAAUCAAUGCUAACACUGCUGAACCCUGGUGGCUGUCAGCUUCCGCACACAAGAAAAUAUAAUUUAUAAUUAAAUCACAGGACAUAAAUUCUCAUUUUCCAAAUCUUUAAAGAAACACCCCUUUCUCUGUUGCUGGUUUCUGUCUUAUCUGCUCCCUGUGCACCCUUUCCCUUGGGAAUAUGUGUUGAUCUACAUCUGACUGUGUGUCUGUCUAGACUGCCAUAUGAAUACUGGACUUCCAACCAAAUGCACAUGGACUUUUUUAAAUGUAUUUAUUUGGAGCCCAGGUGUGCGAGUGUCUGUGUGGAUGCAAGUUUAGUUUCUCUGAUGACUUGAGAAGAAGCCAUGUAUUAAAAUAUCACAUUUAUGCUGCAGAACUGUUGUGAGGAACUGAUGGUUUGUGUUGUGGACUAACCUGCCUGCUGUAGGGAGCAGUAGGCCGGUGCACAACUCGGACUCGCAAUAAGAAACCCUCUGAAUUCAAAAGCUUUAUGUAGAUCUCCUGUAUAUAAGUUGAGAACAGACUGUCUGGGUUUAUUGGUUCUGUUUAUUUUUAGUUUGGCUGAGAAUUUUUUUCUUUUAUGACAUAUAAAUGUGUAUAAAAACUGUGAAAAUCCAUUGUGUUCAUUUAAAGGGUGAGUUUUAGAUUAGGUUUUUUUUUUUUUUUGCAUGUUAAUCUAAUUUGUUGAAUUAUGAAUAAUUUUCUUUUAUUUUCUCCACAAGUUUUCAUGCUCCAACACAUUUAAGAAUAUACAUAAUCUUGCUCUCAGGGUCUUUCACAAAUCCAUUAUUCAAAAUGCUUUUUGUUCUUUAUUCCUGAGUUGCAACUUGUCCUGAUCAUUUGUCUUUUUUUUCUAAUAAUGAUUCAGAACUGUCAAUCACUACAUUAAGCACUUGACUGUGAACUCGUCACCUAACAGAGUCACCCCCUCGCUCUAAGUCAGAAAUCUGUUUUAGUUAAACCCUCUGAUGUAACCGAGUUCUUGUCAGGACGUUUCAACACGCGUGCUGGACCUCAAAAAAACAGAAAGCAUUAACACACAAUCGCCUGGAAGAAUUUCUGUGGUUCCUCUGCUCCCCCUGCUGUUAGAAAACAUGACAGUGUUUCACUAAGUCAAGAGAUGUUAACCUCCUCUGUAUUCAACCCAUAAGAAAAAGCAAUAAAGAUUAUAUUAAGGAAAGAUGUGUGAAUCAAACUCUGGUCAGAUUUUU